AUGUCUAGCAUUUACUCUGCUUCUCCGAUUAUCACGUGCCACCUGAAACCGACGAGUUCGCUGCAGAAGGAUUCCGUUCCUGUUUCUGUUGCGUUUCCCGGCCGGGUCGGAUUUACAUUGGUCGAUCGCGGCUUUGCUCUGUCAGUGGCUCGGGAUGUCUCAGCGGAGUUAGGAAAGACCACCGAUGGGGUUCUAAGUAAGAAGAAAGGGCUGGUGAAUUACCCAUAUGCUCUGUGGCGGAGGUACGUUGACUGGCUGUACCAGCAUAAGGAGCUCGGUUUAUUUCUGGAUGUGAGUCAGGUCGGGUUCACAGACGAGUUUGUUUCCAAAAUGGAGCCCCAAUUCCAAGUGGUGUUCAAGGCCAUGGAGGAGCUGAAGAAGGGCACGAUUGCUAAUCCUGAUGAAGGCCGCAUGUUCUCGAACGACAUCGUCAGCGGUAAGAUUAAGCCGCCAUCUUCGCCGGAAGGUCGGUUUACUCAAGUACUAUCAGUUGGAAUUAGAGGCUCAGCACUUGGACCACAAUUCGUUGCUGAGGAAUUAGCUCCGGAUAACCCUCCUCUUAAGAUAAGAUUUAUUGACAAUACUGAUCCAGGAGGAAUUGAUCAUCAGAUUGUACAGCUUGGGCCCGAGUUGGCUUCAACACUUAUCAUUGUGAUUUCAAAGAGUGGAAGUACUCCUGAAACUAUAAAUGGGUUACUGGAACCCCUACCAUUGUCGGUGAGCAUGGAAGACAUGAUUGCGGAUCCGGCCCCUACCACUGUCGACGAGCAUGGAAACCAUGAUUGCGGAUCCGGACAGCAGUCAUCCACCAUCCCACUGAAAAACCCAUAG